AUGCUGGCUACAGUACGCUUCAUGCAGGUUGCUUGGGCAGCAACAAAUUGGCUGAACAUUCAUCCUUGUGGCGGAGGUUCUUCGUCAUCGACCCAGCAAUUAGCUGGAUGUCCGAGAAUCAUUUCAAGAUCAGAAUGGGGAGCUCGCCCCGCAAAUUACGUCAUCGGACAUCUCCCGGGAGUUCCUACAUAUGUUUUUAUUCAUCAUGGUGCCACAGCAGGAUGUACAUCUGAGAAUUCCUGUAAACAAAAAGUUCGAGAAUACCAAAACUACCAUAUGGAUGGUCACAAAUGGCCAGAUAUAGGGUAUACAUUUGUAAUUGGCGAAGAUGGCAAUGUAUACGAGGCGAGAGGCUGGGAUAUUAUAGGAGCACAUACAUAUAACUAUAAUUAUAAUGGUCUUGGAUUUUGUAUCAUUGGUGAUUUUACAAGCCGUUUACCAAAUACCGCCGCCUUGAAUGCUGUGAAACAACUCAUAAAUUGUGGUGUUAAAAACGGGAAAAUAUCAACCAGCUAUAUACUCCGUGGACAUCGAGAUGUAAAUCCAACAGCUUGCCCUGGAGAGAAACUGGAAGCCUUGAUCAAAACUUGGCCUCACUAUUGA